CCUAAACAUUUCACUGCGCGAAAAAUAAGACAAAUAUGAAAUUGUGGACAGCUGAACCCUUUAACCUGGCUGGCUUGCUGCUACUGGCCUCCAUGCUGUCGGUGACCUCCGCUGUCCCUGCCCACCAUCGCCAAAUUGCGGAAGCAGAAAUAACCAAUCAGACCAGACAUCUGCUGAAACUGACCCAGGAGCUCCUGAAAGAUCACGUGAUUGGCACGGAUAUUGAGCACAGGUUCAAGACCCUACCAGCAAUGGCCAACAGGGUCGCCGAUCUCAGUACUCUCGAGGUGAAAUCUACCCUCGCUCAGCUCCAUUCCGAUAUACAGUUGUUUGAUCUCCACUUCGAGUGGCUGAAUAAAGCAUUAAAGAAUCGCAAACAUGCUUCCUUCCCAAAACUGGGCGAGCUCAUUCAGCACCUCAAGUUGUUGAAGUUCUCCCUCCAGCGACAGAUGACAAAACUACAGGUUCUCCGGCCUCCCACCCCUUCUCCUUCGCUGCCAUCCACCGAUGUUAAUGAGUGGGAAGUGGUCCAGUCCUCUCUCGAGCUCUUUCAGAAGUUCAGGCUUUUCUGUGACUGGGCACUGCGAGUCUUCCUGAGCCUCAAGUUAAGGCACUGACAGCUCUGUGACAAAGGCCAAAUAAGAGUCACAUUUCUUUUUGCUUGCCACAAAAAAUGCCUUUCCUAUGAUCAUCAUGGGGAGAGAAAUUCCUUUCUGAUUUUACCCUUUUCACUUUUUUUUUUGUGAUUAUUUAUGUUAUUUAUGUAUUUAUUUAUUUAUUG